AGACCACAGGUGUGGACCACGGAGACGGUUUCUACGCCGGGAUGCCGAUCCCCUGCGCCGAGAGCUACAACGGAUUCUGUGUUCACGGGAAAUGUGAAAUCAAGUACAACAUGGCCACCUGCAGAUGUGAUGCAGGUUAUAAGGGGACUAAGUGUGAGGACCCUCAGGACUUCAACAUCCUGUACGUGGUUCCCAGCGGUCAGAAGCUUCACUACGUUCUCAUCGCCGCCAUCAUCGGAGCCGUGCAGAUCGCCAUCAUCGUCGCCGUGGUGAUGUGCAUCACGAGGAAAUGUCCGAAGAACAACCGGGGUCGCCGGCAAAAGCAAAACCUGGGACACUUUCCCUCGGACACGAACUCCCGGAUGGUAUAGCCGAGUCGUCCGGGGCCUUUUUUUAAAACCUUUUUUCUUACGCCGUGGGAACACCAUUUUUUUAAACGGUAGAUGUUUGGUAUUUAGUUUUUUCCUCCUGGGAAACCGUAAAAAAAGAAGAAGAAUGAGAAUAUUUAUUUAAAGGGCCUUACUUACUUUCCCUCCUUUUUCAUUUUCAUUUUUUUUGGAUGGAAGUCAAUUUUCUUUCUUUGCCGGAAGAACAAGGACGCGAAUCUUCAAAACCCCCCGCUGUCACUUUACGUUGUUACCGUGUCUUAAUUACUAAAUGCUUUAUGAAAAACGGUACUUUUAGUAACUGGGAAACGUCCGCCCCUCUUGAAUGUGCUAUUUAUUGUAAAAUGUUUAUUUCUACGCCCCUGUUUUACUAACGCUGUGCAGCUGAUCACCAAAUGCAGUUUGUUUUCUAAUUGAAGGAGUUUGUGGCCGGCCAGUGAUACAGAAAUGUUUAUACUUUAUUCUCUAAAGACGUCACUGUGUUCCAACAAGCUAAUAAUUUAUUACUAUUCUAAUGAUUCCUUUAGAGUAGCUUUUGUUACUUUUGUUUAAAAUAAUUAUACUAGUUCCUGUAUAUAUAUCCGCAUGACUUGUGAAAACUGUGUACUGUGGUGUUGUUUCAAACCUUUUUAAAAAGAAGAACUCAACGCCUCCUCGUAUUCAGAGAAAUUCGGAGAUGGACGUCUAAAAGAUUCGGACUGAUAAACGGAGGACGAUGAAAGGGGGAGGUUUACGAUGUUUCUGAAGAAAGCAAUGUUUAAAGUUUGGGAUUAACUGUCUGAAAAUAUGAAAAAGAAAAGCAGAAGUGGGAAACAUUGGAGAACGUUCUUCUGAAAGACAGGUUUGUGUUGAUUCCAAGGAAUGUUUUUGCAUCUUCGUACGAAAUACUUAAAUUCAGAGGAUUGUAAAGGAAGUGUUUCGCCUGCUUUGAGGUUUCAAAGACUGCGAAUUGUUGUUUUUUAUGUAAUUGGGAGAACACCUUGGGUUGCGGAGAUGGCUGUAAUCAAGGUUUAUCUUUGAAUGUGGGAGAAAUAUUGCGUCUUUUUCUACUUUUGUUGGUUUUAGUUUUUGCAUUUGCUCCGCAGCGAGACAUUCCAAGCACAUAAAAAAACCUAUAGUAUAAAAAGAUGUCGGUACAAAUAUGACUUUAACCCCCGUUCCCUUCUGGUACAAACAUGUGGUGAGCUUGUUGUCCAGCAGGAAACACCAGAAUGAAGAGUAGAAGUGGGAAACAUUGGAGUACGUUGUUCUGACACUCAUGAGGAACAGGUUUGUGUUGAUUUAAGAAAGGGAUGUUUUUGCGUCUUCGUACGAAAUACCGAAAUUCAGAGGAUUGUAAAGGAAGUGUGUGUUUUGAGGUUUCAAAGACUAAAUGGUUCUUAAACGAUGUUAUGUAACUGGAGAAAGUCUUGGUUGCAGGGAUGGCUGUAAUCAAGGCUUUUCUUUGAAUGUGAGAGAAAUAUUGCAUCUUUUUUUGUUGUUGUUUUGCAUUUGCUCCAAAGGCGAGACAUUCCAAGCACAGAAAAUCUGAUGAUAAUAGAACAAAAAAAAAUCACUUUACGAUACAUAUAUUACUUAAAGACCCUUUUGUUAUUAAUUUACAUGAUAAAUUAAAAAGUGAAGACAGACAAAUACUGUAUGUAGAAAGUCAACAGGAGCAACCCACAGGAACUUCACAUCUGAUGAGUGACGGUGUUUUGUUCCUUGUUGUUUUAAUCUGUAUGUGAUGGUAUGACGUUUUGUGCGUUUUAUUUCAAAGUCUAUGUACGAGGAUCAGGGCCACAUUGUUUUUUUUAGUUCAGAGAUUGAAGUCUGCUUCUGAGGAAAUAAGUCAGAACUUUUUUUCGCAGAAUUUUGAGACAAAUGUCAACAUUUUUGAGGAAUAAAAGUGGAAAAAAAAGUAAUUUCAGAAUUUGG